UGGGGUUUAUUGAUUAUUGCUCUGCCUGCUUGCCUGCAUCAUCCGCAUCCUUUUACACAUCCUUUAUGGCCCGAAUGUUGGAUUCUUACUGUGUCUGAUUCUUCUUCCUUUCUCUCCUCCCCCUCCUUUUCCUCACUGAAACAAUAAUUCUCCCUCAUCAGGCGCAUCAAUUAAUUAAACCCUUGAAUCGAGUAGACUGAUAAUCCCCCCUUUUUCUCUUGAUAUACGCGCAUUUUGUUGUAUCACUUGUUGCUUGGACUUUUCUUCUUGCAUGAGUCCUCCCGGCUUAUAUAGCAUCUGAACGAUCGAUACCCUUUUCCAACCAAACAGAACGCGCAAUCACUAUGCUAGGACUAGGAGUUCUAGCGCUCCUUCCCUUCGCAGCGGCGAAGGCUGUACGGCCGCGAUCCACUGCAUGCAACAAUUCCCCAGACUUGUGUUCCAAGUCAUACGGUGAAAUCACUCAUCUGGGCGCACACGACAGUCCGUUUCUACGAGAUGCCUCGACGGAUUACUCUACCUUUGGAGACCAAUACUACAACACUACACUCCAGCUCGACGCUGGUGUCCGUCUUGUCACAGCUCAAGUUCAUAAGUCGAAUUCACAGUGGCGUCUAUGCCACUCUAGUUGCGAUUAUCUAGAUGCAGGAUUGUUGAGCACAUGGCUGUCAGAUAUCAAAGGCUGGUUGGACUCCAACCCCAAUGAUGUUGUGACUGUUUUGCUGGUCAACUCAGAUGACGCAACAGCUUCUGAUCUUCACUCGCAAUUCGAAACGGCCAAUCUCACCAACUACACCUACACUCCGACCUCCCAAACCUCCGCACCGAGCUCGUGGCCAACAUUGCAGGAACUGAUCAAUAAUGGUACCCGGUUGAUGACCUUCGUGGCAUCUUUGGACGCUUCCAACAACACGGUGGCACCGUAUCUGAUGGAUGAGUUCACUUUUAUCUGGGAGAACAACUACGAUGUGACCUCCGCUUCCAACUUCUCCUGUGAGCCCGAUCGUCCCUCGAGCGUCAAGAACGAGCUUUCCACCGCCUUGUCUUCCAACCGCCUCCCAUUCAUGAACCACUUUCUUUACCAAGAGACAUUAGACAUUGAGUAUCCCAAUGUCAGCUACAUCUCUACCACCAAUGCGGCUUCUGGAGGAACCGGAAACCUUGGCGACACAGCAACCAAAUGCAAGAAGGAAUACAAUGGCCGCCAGCCUACCUUUAUCCUGGUUGACUUCUUCGACAAGGGUCCCGCCAUCGACACCGUGGACAGUUUGAACAAUGUUACCAACGCUACUGGACGGAAGAACCUGACUUCCGUCAGCGUUACCAGCUCGGCCUCCACCUACUCGAACGUUUUCAAGGGUCUGGUCGAAGUCGUCCAGAAAGCCAAGGACGGAGCGAAUCCCAGCAUGGGAGAGUGGAUCUGGGCUGGUGGAGAUUGGGGAAGUCUGCUGGGCGGCGGUAUUGCAGUCUAAGCUGACCGCUGUGACCUCAUACUUCGUUGGAAUCUUCACCGUCCUUUCAUCCUUCAUUUUGAUUACUAGCCUAUUUAGUACAUUGUCAUUUUGCAUCUAUUCCACAUAUUUACAGUUGCAACAUCAGCGCUGGAUUUCAAAGUUUUGGACGAGCCUCACGACAUUCCUUUGCUAUAAAUAGGGGGGUAUAAGGUUGGCGUUCGGAUGAUUAUCACAUUUUGCACAGUGUACCUAACUGACAUGACCGUUUCACCAUGUCCAUAAGCAGCGAUAGCAUG